CAACCCCCCUGUCACAAAAUAAACAACUGUUCCUACAGUACACCUCUCAUAUUAGAGAGAUGGCAGAAGAAGUGGAGAAGUACGAGAGGAAGCAAGAAAUGCAAGCUGAAGCCCGGGCAGUUGGAGACCAGGGCUGCUUGAUGGUGGAGUUUGGUGACUUCCAGGGCCGGUCCAUGAAGGAUGUUUAUGAGGACCAGAGCAAGGAGGCCAAAGCCCUCAUCAGAUACCUGGUUAAGGCAGAUGCCAGGCCCAACACAAACAUGGCCAUUUUCAAAAGCUAUGUAGUGAAAAGACAGGCUUCUGCUGUGGGCAGCAGUGUACGUCAGCCUACACCUCCAUCUGCAACAUCCAGUGCUUCUGCACAACCACCCGCAGCCUCCACUGCGUCUGCAUCUCCGCUAAAAGCACUCCAAACUGGUGUAUCGCAGACUGCCAGUGUGAAAGCGCUGUUGGCACGUGGGAAACAUUUGUCUCCUUCACAGCUCGCCAGAAAACUCCUUUCACCAGUUAAAUCCUAUCCAUUACUGAAGGUCCCUUUACCUCCUCCAGCACCAGAACUCCCUGCCAAACAUUUGGCCCAAAGGCAGCUUUUCGUAACUGACACUUCCGUUCCCGCUGCUGAAGAUGAUGCGGAGCUGAUGUUUGCUGCAUCACAAUGUGAAGCACAACUAACUACAGAGGCCUGUGCCGGUCCGUCUCCAUCAGCCGAAACAGCAAGAACACCAGAUCUUCCACAUCAUCAGCCAUCGGCUGAGCUUCCAAGCCACUGGAAAGAUCAUCUUCCACCUUUCCAGCAUGAGUGGAUCCGGAACACACUAUUCGUGGCCAACCUGCGAACCGACUGUGGUAGGCACAGACUGACAGCGGCAGGACUCUACCGUACUGUGCGCAAGGUCUUAGACAUCGACAGGUGGUAUGACCUUGCCACUGAGUAUCUGGAGUGCAAAGGCUGCAAAAAGAAGUAUCCCGCCUGGUCUGAGGACAUCUUAGGACAGCUGGAUAUGGGCCACCGCAGUCAGUUUCCAGCUUUGCUGACAUACAGAUACUCAUGUGACAACAGGGUGCUGAGGAUGAUGAGGGAGAGGACACUGGGCAACAGUGUGACUCAGCUUUACAAGAAGCUGAUGGAACAACACAGUGAGGCAUGGACACAGCGUGUCCUGCAGUACCUUACUGCCUGUGAACCAUUCACAACGUCCUCCCUUGUGCAGCCUCCUGUGUUUGCUGAGCCUCCUCUCUUCCCUGCCCUACCUAAACCUAAGUGGCUGUUAGCUGUGUACGCCAGGGAUGUUUUGGGGCGACUGCACGAGGUCAAGGCCAAAAUUACUUCUAUCUUUGGUUGUGUUCUCAAGAUGGACUCCACAAAAAAGGUCACAAAGAAACUUGCCGGUGCUGCUUCAGGAACAGCUGCCUGGUGCACAAAUGUUGGGAAUGAGCAUGGUCAAGUCCUUGUAUCUGUUCUGACAGCCGCCGAGGGACAUGGACUGGACUCCAUGGCAGCUGGCCUCAUGAAACGCUACCGGGAGGCAGGAGAGGCUGCCCCAAAAGUGAUGUACGUGGACAGAGAUUGCUGCAGUCAGCACGGCCAGUCUUGGGUGAAGGUCAUGUUUUCAGAGUGGGAUGAGCUUGAAGUGCGCCUCGACAUCUGGCAUUUCAUGCGGCGAUUUGCUGCAGGUGUCACUACAGAGGCUCAUCCGCUUUACGGCAUCUUCAUGGCACGUCUAUCCACGUGCAUCUUUCAGUGGGAUCCAGAGGAUGUGGCUGCUCUUCAGCGUGCAAAGGUGGGUGAGCUGGCGGCAAAUAAGACUGGCCCCAUCUCAGAAAAGGUGGUCAGUGCUCGCAUUACCAGGAGAGAGUUGGCACUGCACUGCCGGAGGAGGACCAGGGGUGUGGAGGAGACCACCAGAUUGAUUGGAGCACUGAUCGAUCUGUUUGACAGUGCAGACGGGAAGGACACUCUGGGAGUUCCUCUGCUGGACCACGAACGGAUCCGGCAGAUUUGGAAAGAACAGCGGAAGCACGUGCAGUGUAUCCAAGACCCAGAGAACUUUCCACUCUACAUGAGGAAGGGGACACUGAAGAAAGGUGGCGUGGAGCUCUGCUGCUACAGAUGUGCCCGUGGCUCUACAUCCUUGGAGUCAUUCCACCUCCACCUGAACCGAUUUAUUCCAGGAACCAGUGCCAGUGAUGCGCAUUUUCAGGCCUAUCUCCUCGAGGGCUUGAUGCGUUGGAAUGAUGACCGGAUGGAAGACGCCAUAAAAGGAGCAUCCUCCAUCCGGUCAUUUGGCAGUGCCAUGAAAGAGGCUGUGGAGCGGCUUAGCCUAACAGUCUUUGGGAAGCCCUGGGAUGAGCGCUAUCGCCCUCCUGGAGCAUAUACAGGUGAAUUGCUGGGAAUGGAGUAUCUUUACAGCCAGACUGGCAAAACACUGACUCCAGUGCUCCAGAACCCCGAAGAGGAAGACAGGCUGGUGGAGGAAGUCAAUGACCAGGACCUGCAAGAUGAGGGAUUUGGGGAAGAGAUAACGGAGGACAUCACAGUUCCAGUGCUGUAUGAGGAUGAACCCUGCCGUGAUCUCGUGAUCAGCCCCUCAUCUUUGCCUCUGCCUCGGUCUCCAACAUCACUGGCUGAGCCAUCCACAUCUUCUGGUGGAGAAGGACAGCAUCUUGCCCCUUUAGUGCUGUCGCAGCCACCUGACACUGGAAGCAGUCUCUCCACUGAAGCUCAGGGCGCAGUCAUUGGACCCGAUGGCAUCGCUGGUUGGGACAAGGUUCAGGAUUUGGCUGGUUACCUGGUGAGCCUUAGUGAGGCUCCUUACCUCACUGAUCUGCAGGUGACCGAAGCCAUUCAGCUAUGGACAGCUCUCCCUGACAUUGACAAACAGCGGGUCAACUAUCAGCCUCGACAUCAGCCUCAGCUGACACAUGGGCGCUUUAAGGCACCGAAGCGGUCAGGAGUCACACCGGGUGUGGAGAGUGUCAAACGGUGUCUGAUUGGACAUCCUGGGGGUCCAGCACAGUGGCCCAGCACCAGCCGCUUGGUUGAGGCCAUUUGUAUAAAGCUGUGUGCUUUACACAAGUCACCGACCAAGAAGUCCGGAGUUAGCAUCCCCAGGUGGUCUAAAAUCCUCUCAGAUUACCACCACAUCCGAGACCUGGUCCUCAACAGUCGCAGGCUGAUGGAUGAAACAAUGAUCCAGCUUUUUGAGCUAAACCAGAGGACACUCAUUCAGUGGUUUCAACGGCGGCAGAAGAAUCAGGAAAUGAGUGUCCUCGCUCAGGGACUGACUCCACCUGACCCAAUUGCUGUGGCUGAUAUGCAGCUUCCUCCGCCGAGGGAAAAAUUGAAUGAAGCGCCAUCGACAUCAGGUCCAAAGCAUAAAUUCAUCCUUCCGCCAAAUCGAGAAGGACAGGCUCCUCGUUUGCGACCAGGUCGACGGCCCGCUGCUGCUAACAGGGAGUGCCCCAUCGCAGCUGCCCCCACAGCAUCAGGAGAUGUGCAGCCCAUUUCUGCACCUGGGUCAUUGAUGGGCACACUAGUCCUUAACCCUGACAUGACUGUGUCAAUGGUGAUUCCGUCUUCUGGUGCAGGCACAGCUCUGCCUGCUCCUGUGUCUGCUGCUUCUGUGUCUGCUGCUCCUGCAUCCCGUUACACCCAAAGGAAUAGGCGCCGGCGGGCGCAAGAGAUGGAAAGUGGAGUUUGUAAGAGGAAGUAUCUGCGGGGGGUUAAUUUUAACAAGUGCAGCAAAUGUGGGCAGCCCAAAACUAAGGAGUUUGGACAUAGCCGGUAUGGUAGUGCCACAUUUUGCUUGCAUGCUUCAAAUGGCAAAUCUUUAGAAGAUUGGUUGGCAGAACAGCGCCAGCAAAAUAAACCCCAAACUCCACCUCCUCAAUAAGUUUCAACUUUCCUGUAUAUAUUUCAUGGGCCAACUCGUUCAUAUUGUCCUGUAUA